AUGCCUGAGCCGUUACGGCAUGCAGUAGUUGCAGGUUUAAUAGAUCAACAGACAAAAACGUGGGAUCCUCAUAUUUUGUCUGAUCUUUUUGAACCAGAAGAUGUGGAUCGUAUUGUUAAAAUGCCAGUCAGUCCUGAUUAUGAGGAUACAUGGUAUUGGCAUAAUGACCCGAACGGCCGCUACACUGUCAAAAAUGCCUAUAGGCGCCUAAUGGGGGAGUUUAAUCAUACUAUGGGGGAUUUUGAUAAAUGGGUCACAUUGUGGAAGAUGAAAGUCCCACCCAAGUGGAAAACUUUUUUGUGGAGAGCGGUGUGUGAUAUACUCCCAACCACAACAAAUUUGAUUAUAAAGAGAGUGGAUGUGGACCCAACAUGCAUGUUGUGUGGCCUCACCCAUGAAAAUGUUAUGCAUUCACUAGUUUUAUGUGAUUAUUCUAGAGCCGUAUGGAAUAUUUUGGGGCUGCCCAUUAUGAAUAUUAUUUCUUCUUCUUUUCUGAACUGGCUUAUGACUGCUAUGGAUAUGCUCACAGGCGAACAAGUCAGGCGGCUUAUGGGGGUCCUCUAUUAUUUAUGGAUGGCCAGAAACGAGGCUGUAUGGGAUCACGCGGUGAGGAGGCCCGAGACUGUCUUGCGCCGUGCAGCCGCCGGGAAGGCAAGCUACACGGCCGUGCAUGCUUGCACGAUACAACCGCCCUCCGACGGUGCGCUGGCAGCGGUGGGCAUGCGAAUGAAGUGCCACUUCGAUGCUGGCUUCAAUCCGGCAACCGGGCAGGCUACCUACGGGGCAGUCUUGCUCGAUCACGAUGGUAUGUUCAGAGCUGCAGCCAAUGGGAAGCUCCCGGGGUGUUUUUCCCCUCUUAUGGUGGAAGCAUUAGCAUGCAAGGAGGUCUUGUCCUGGCUUAAGGACCGAAACGAGGUCGAGGUGGAUAUUCUUACGGAUUGCCUCGUAUUGAAGAAUGCUGUUCGCUCAAUUGCUACGCCGAAUUUAUCUUAUGUUGGAAUUGUGGUAGAACAAUGCAGGGUAGCUAUCAAUAGUUUCAAUUACUGUUCACUCAGUUUUAUUACUAGAACUUUAAAUUUACAUGCGCAUACUCUCGCUAGAUUAGCCUAUGAUCAGGAUCACUCUAUGUAUUGGGAUUUAAUUCCUCCUAACUCUAUCGUUCAGUUCCUGAUUUAA